CUUCCCUUCAACUUUUCAAAGGUCUGAAAUUGUUUGGUAUCGAGUUCUGUUUGGCUACCAAGUCGCGUGAUUGAGAUCGUUUGUGUCACUAUUUGCUCGAAUACGACACCAUGGUAUAUACAGCCUCCUUCGCCUUCUUCGAGGCUAUAUACGAGGCGGGCAUCACGCAUUGCUUCGUCAAUCUUGGCUCUGACCAUCCGAGUAUCAUUGAAGCAAUUGUCAAAGGCCAGAAUGAGAAGAAGGGAAAGUUCCCACGUAUCAUCACAUGUCCCAAUGAAAUGGUCGCUCUCAGUUUGGCGGACGGCUACGCAAGACUUACCAACAAACCUCAAUGUGUCAUUGUCCACGUUGAUGUAGGAACCCAAGGUCUUGGUGCAGCAGUCCACAAUGCAUCUUGCGGAAGAGCACCCGUUCUCAUCUUUGCUGGACUUUCGCCAUACACAAUUGAAGGCGAGUACCGCGGCUCACGAACCGAGUACAUCCACUGGAUUCAGGAUGUUCCAGAUCAAAAGCAGAUUGUUGCACAGUACUGCCGCUACACCGGAGAGAUCAAGCGUGGAGCCAAUGUCAAGCAAUUGGUCAACAGAGCUCUGGCUUUUGCCACGAGUGAGCCGAGAGGUCCUGUGUAUCUGGCUGGUGCACGCGAGGCCAUGGAGGAGGACAUUGAACCCUACAAGCUUGACCAACGCUAUUGGACAGCGGUUGAGCCCAACGCUCUGACCUCUAAGCAGAUUGAGAAGGUAGCUCAACUUUUGCUCGAAGCCGAGUCGCCACUCCUCAUCACUGGAUACAGUGGACGAAACCACAAUGCUGUAGGGGCGCUUGUUGAGCUGGCCAACACCGUCAAAGGACUCAGAGUCUUGGACACUGGUGGUAGUGACAUGUGCUUCCCAGCCGAUCAUCCAGCGUGGCUGGGCCUCAGAUACGGUGUGGAGGACAACAUCAAGACUGCGGAUGUGAUUCUAGUGUUGGACUGCGAUGUUCCCUGGAUACCAACCCAGUGCAAGCCCCGAGACGACGCCAAGAUCGUCCACAUCGAUGUCGAUCCACUCAAGCAACAGAUGCCUGUGUUCUACAUCAACGCUCUAGCCAGAUACCGUGCUGACUCCGAGACUGCUAUUACGCAAAUCACCGAACACUUGAAGACAAAGUACGAGUGUGAGAUCAAGAGCAGCAAGUUCGAGGAGAAGUGGACUAAGCUGCAGGACUCGCACAAGCAAAAGCUGCAGACAAUCUCGGAACAAGCAAAGCCUGGUGAGGAUGGUACAUAUGGCUGCUCAUACUUGAUCCAUCAGCUGCGCAAGUCAUGUCCACAAGACACUAUCUGGGCCAUCGAGGCGGUGACGAACACGGCCUUUGUCGCAGAUCAGAUUCAGGCUACUUUCCCCGGCUCGUGGAUCAACUGCGGUGGAGGUGGACUCGGAUGGUCCGGUGGCGGUGCUCUGGGAAUCAAGCUCGCUACUGACUUUGAGAACGGCGGUAAGGGCAAGUUUGUCGUUCAGAUUGUUGGCGACGGCACAUAUCUCUUCAGUGUACCAGGAUCGGUGUAUUGGAUUGCGCAGCGCUACAACAUCCCAAUCCUGACUAUCGUUUUGAACAACAAAGGUUGGAACGCACCACGCAAGUCGCUCCUUCUAGUCCAUCCAGACGGCGAGGGCAGUAAAGUUUCGAACGAGGAGCUAAACAUCUCGUUUGCACCUACGCCUGAUUACUCUGGUAUCGCGAAGGCAUCAUCUGGCGGAAAGUGCUGGGCUGGUCACGCCGGCACUGUGGAAGAGCUGGCUAAAAUGCUUCCCGAAGCGAUUGAGGCCGUGAAGGGUGGUGUAUGUGCCGUCCUAGACGCCCAUCUCGAUGGACCGCAAGGCAAGUACGGCGGUGGAAAGGCCGCCUUGAUAGGUUGAGAGCGCACCACAGUCAUGACUGGGAACAUGUAUAUCUAGAACGUCUUCGAUGACCACGACAAGGGACGGCAGAAUGUUUUGUUUUUGAGAAAACAGAUAUUAUCUAAAGCAAGAAAGGGGGGGUAUCAUGAAAACCAAACCCAACGUACAUACAUCCUCUUCAUCCAUCAUCUAGAAGAUCCGAGACUCCUUCUUCCUCCUUCGCGACCUCGAUCAUUAUCUCUCUUGCUAUUUGACGGCGAAGCAGGAUUCUUGCUCGAAGCAGAAACGACGCGUGCAGUGCCUCUAGCAGCCGGACUUUUCGUACUCUUAUCCUUUUCCUCACUCAAAUCCA